UUCAAACGCCCCAGUCAUACGGAAGGUUUUAAAAACGCAAUCAAUCCAGCAAAGACAGCCUCUUUGAUAUCUGCCUUCAGCAGCUGUAAAUUAGAAUUUCAAAAGAUUUUUAAAAAACGAAACAGGAAAGCAAAAUUAUGCCUGUUAAUUCUGCAAAAUGCAUGUGAAAUAAUGGUACUGUAUAUCUAAAUACAUAAUUUUAGUCGUCAACCGAGAAAGAGAAAUGAACUGGCAAAUAACCAAAGUUUAAACUAGGAUUGGAAAAAAACAGUACCAGAUUGAGGCGUGGAGUUUCAAAUUACGCACUUUUACGGCUGCGACUUUCACUGUGCAACAUGUCAAAUCGAGCGCAAGGAAUGAACCUUAGUGAAAAUUACAAAGUGUUUAUGUGUUUAUGUAUGUAUUAUUAUUAAUAUUAAUUUUGUUCUUUGGAGAUUUUACAUUGUCUACGGCUUAAGUAAUGGCAGACGUCAGGACGUACAAUGUUGUAAUUUUAGGAGUAGGCUUUAUGCUUAUUUUCACCGCAUUUACAACGUGUGGAAAUAUCGAGCAAACCGUGAUAAAAAGCUUACAUAAUACCACAUUCAGGGGAAGUGGCUACCACAGUCUUGGUAUUAUAUAUGGAGUUUUCUCAUUCUCCAAUUUGUUUGCUCCGGUCAUUGUGACAAUUCUAGGACCGCAGGUCACCAUGUUUCUCAGUGGGUUACUUUAUAGUUGUUACUCUGCGCUCUUCAUCCUUCCGGAGACGUGGUCUUUUUACCUCGUGUCCAUUCUGAUUGGCUUAGGAGCUGCCAUGCUGUGGACUGCUCAGGGAACCUUUCUGGUGCAGAACUCUGAUGUUGCCACCAUCAACAAGCACACCGGGCUCUUUUGGGGGCUUCUACAGUGCAGCAUGUUAUUUGGCAAUAUGUACAUCUACUUUGACUGGAGAGGAAAAACAGAAAUCACAGACAGUAACAGAAAGACUAUGUUUGUGAUUCUGUUGGGGAUCUCUGUUCUGGGAACCCUGACCUUUAUUGUCUUGAGGAAGACUGGACUACACGAGGAGGUCCUAUCUGAAGAGGAAGGAGAAUCUCUACUCUCAGCCCGCAUCAUAUACAAACAAAGAACUACCACAGCAGUGAGGGAGACCAAGUCAGAGCUAGCUUCAGUUUUGCAGCUGUUCCGUUCGAAAGCGAUACUCCUCUUAAGUUGCUGUAUGGCCUACAGUGGCCUGGAACUGUCUUUUUACAGUGGUGUCUAUGGAACAUGCAUCGGGGCCACGGGGCAUUUUGGAAAUGAUGCCAAGAGUCUCAUCGGCCUCUCUGGGAUUGUUUUGGGACUUGGAGAGAUUAUUGGUGGAGGUUUGUUUGGGCUCCUGUGCAAGAACAAUCGCUUCAGACGUACCUCAGUGGUCUUCCUGGGCAUGGUGGUGCACUUCGUUGCCUUCUAUUUGAUCUUCCUGAACAUCCCGAAUGACGCCCCUGUGGUGUUCGAGACGAGCACACAACUGGAGCCCUACCUGUCUCCCAGCGUGUCCAUAGCCCUGCUGUGCAGCUUCCUGCUUGGUCUCGGAGACAGCUGCUUCAACACGCAGCUAUACAGCAUCCUGGGCUGCGUGUUCGCUGAGCAGAGUGCGCCAGCCUUCACCAUCUUCAAAUUCAUCCAGUCCGUCUCUGCGGCACUGGCCUUCUUCUGCAGUGGCUACCUGCUGCUGUCCUGGCAGCUCCUCAUCAUGGGCCUGUUCGGCUUCAUCGGGACCCUCUGCUUCUUCGUGGCAGAGAAGACGCAGGCUGCACCCGCGGACCCCACACAGUACUGACGUGCCUCGACGGCCUCGAACCAACCCUGCUCAUCAAUUCAGCUCCUGCCCAAUUCAGAGCGACGCACUAAUAACUUAAAUUUUAGCAGGUGGUACAUUUCAUUCACACAGAACGCUUUAAACAUUUGUUUUAUAUUAUAAUUGAAACCUCGUGUUUUUUUUUUCCUCAGGGUUAUUUUUAUAAGAAAUUGUUUAUGAUAAUAUUAGCCCAUCGUAUGUAGAUUUAGCAGAAUAUCCAUCAGUGUUAUAAAAUAUUAGGUGGGCAACAGAAGAACUGAACUUGAACCACUGUCCGUAAAUCUUGUGUAAUAAUUGUUAGUUGGACAAUAGGCUGUCGAUAUUUAACUUUAUUUGUACAGUGCGGAAAAAUGACAAUAAGCUAGAGGAAUGAGAAAGUCCGUCAUGGCCCUGUGUGCUAUUCAGGGUGACCCCCGGUGUGCCUUGCCUGCGAUCCGCUCCAGGUCCCUCCUGUCCAGGAUGAGAAUUGGAUGAUAUGUAGUGACGGGAUUGUUUGGCUUUAUUUAGGAUGCCAGUUGUCCAUAAGGGUUGUCAUUAAUGUAAUUUUCCUCUGUUGAGAAACCACGUCACAUACAAUAUAAUUGAACAGGUAAUGGAAUAAUGGUCUUGUCUAUUUGUUAAAAUAAUUUUUAAAUAACACGUUAAUGCUGGCAAAUAUAUCUAUCAAGCCGUGUUCAUAUUUCCAUGAUAAUCUUAUUCCCAGUUUAUGUUAUAUUGAUCCUAAUAUAACCAUAUUUUGGUAGAAGGUAUGUUUUUAUAUGUAUUUAAGAAUAAAUAUUAUCUACCUUUGUUUA